UUGUUUCUUGUUCAGACUCAAGACGUGUUAUUUUCGAAUGCUCUGGCAGAACAUGGAGUUCGUCCCACACCUGUCACCAGCCGCGCUCUUGUGGACUACUUUAUCCACAAAAUACUGAGAUGCGAUGGUGUGCUUUUACUAUCGUUCAUAAAUGGAAACGUAGGUGGUCUUGUUACUCACGACAUUGCCCACCAACUAUGGAAGAUAACUGUGCAGCCAAAAUCGCUGGUACUGAUUCAUCGGCUUCAAACGAAGGCCCAGCCUAAGAAGAAAAACUCCCUAUAUUGGCCCGAUUACGACACGAGUCUGCCUGAAACUGUGCGAAAAAUGGGUUUCUCCAAACGGCUUGAGGCUGCUGGCGAUCCGCAACCUACUCCAGUUAACAACAACAAACAUGCAACUGCUCAACCCAUGGCUCGCACACGUGCUCUAAGUGUAGGAAACUUGGAGACAGAAGUGCCUACAGCGCCAAUGGAAUCUUCACCGUUGAUCUCGGAAGGAUCGACGCAAGCCGUUGACGACGCCAGCUUUCCAAUUCAGAGGCAAGCGUAG